AUGGCAACAACUGUGGAAUCAGAAAACCAAAUAAAUUCGUUAAACAACUUAAAUGAACCAUGGCAGAAGGAACUGAUUGUGGAUUUCGUGAACGAAGGGGGAAUUGACGCCUUGCGGUCCAACAGGAAAAACAGUAUUCCUAGACAAGUUUCAACCGAUACCAGUUAUUACGUUUUACGAUGCUUGGAGUCUCCUUUGGAGUUAUGCGCAUCGGCUCUCAAAGAAGAUGACAGUAGAGGAGCAAAUCAAAUAUCUAUACGAGAGUCAGGAACGCUUAGCACAGAGUAUAGUGAUAAUACUACAAGAUCCAAAAUUGCGUCCGGCAACAGUGAACCUCACAUACUCAAAUCAAGUAUCGAAACGGAAAGGCAAAGAUGUGAAAUUCAUGAUGGGUUCGUCGAUUCGUUGCCAUCCAACAGUGAGAAUGGAGGUAGUAAAUACAAGGACGGAGAACAUGCAGAUAUUACGUUGGGCAAAGUUCGUGAAGGAUGUCCAAACACCGGAACAAUUGAAAAAAUGCAGGCAUCCUUUGGGGAACUGUUCAGAAUCGGUUCCCUGGGAGGCGAUGGUUGGAAAAUGAUUGUCCCUCAGAAAACGUGUUUUCUUGUACACGCGGACUAUCACUUUACCAGUAGAGGAUCAACUAUCGGAAACCCUACAACCAUGUCUCAAAUGCAAUUAUGUGAAGGAAAAAAUGGAAGAACGUCGCGUUGCAACGAUUCUCCCAUCUUAGUUGAUGCAUUUAAAGAUAAUACUCGUAUUGCAACCUUGGUUAAUUAUGAAGUUUUUGAUAGUGAUCCGAAAAAACUAACUUAUCAUAUUAGAUGUGUUGCUGAUUUUGGCUUUGAUCAUAUAAUUAUUAUUGGGAAGACCGAUUAUGGAAUGAUCUUUUUAGACUGUUAUAGUCGUGUUUUUUUGUGGGAAAAUAUGAGUCAAACGUUAUGGCCACUUGGUGAUUCUCCUGAAGAAGCAUCGAAACACAUAGUUAAAGGGGUAGAUCAGUUGAGUUGGUUUGAAGAUAAUGGAACUGUAUAUGAGCAGAUUACGAAAUGGGAAGAUUAUUAUUAA